AGCCGAGGAGAGUGGGGCCGGGCUGCGGAGGGAGAAGGCAAGGGGGCCUCGCCGGGAGCAGACACGCGGGGGGGACUCGGCGACGGUGCGUCCCGGCCAGCCAGGCGAGAAGGAUGACGGUGGCGGCGGGGCGCGGGCCAGCCCGGCUACGGGCGCCGUGAAGCCCGAGCCCAGCGCCCGGCAUGCGGCUGCGCUCCCGGGCCUCGGCCCCGCUCCGUCCCCGCCGCGCGCCCCCGCCGAGCGGCGCGCACCAUGCCGCGGGUGUCCGCGACCCUCUGCGCCUGUGUGCUCGGGCUCUGCGCGCUCGCGCCGCGCCUCGCAGGACUCAACAUAUGCACUAGCGGAAGUGCCACCUCGUGUGAAGAAUGUCUAUUAAUUCACCCCAAAUGUGCCUGGUGUUCCAAAGAGUACCUUGGCAGCCCUCGGUCCAUCACUUCCCGGUGUGACUUGAUGGCAAACCUCAUCCAGAAUGGCUGUGAAGGCGAGAUCGAGAGUCCGGCCAGCAGCACCCGUGUCCUUCGGAGCCUACCCCUCAGCAGCAAGGGCUCCAGUGCCACAGGCUCUGACGUCAUCCAGAUGACGCCUCAGGAGAUUGCAGUGAGCCUACGGCCAGGUGACCAAACCACCUUCCAGCUGCAGGUGCGUCAGGUGGAGGACUAUCCCGUGGACCUGUACUACCUGAUGGACCUCUCCCUCUCCAUGAAGGAUGACUUGGACAACAUCCGGAGCCUGGGUACCAAGCUCGCUGAGGAGAUGAGGAAGCUCACCAGUAACUUCCGGCUGGGUUUCGGGUCUUUUGUGGACAAGGACAUCUCUCCUUUUUCCUACACGGCACCGAGAUACCAGACCAACCCGUGUAUUGGUUACAAGUUAUUCCCGAACUGCGUCCCGUCCUUCGGGUUCCGCCAUCUGCUGCCUCUCACCGACAGAGUCGACAGUUUCAACGAGGAAGUGAGGAAGCAGAGGGUGUCCCGGAACCGAGAUGCCCCCGAGGGGGGCUUUGAUGCCGUCCUCCAGGCAGCCGUCUGCAAGGAGAAGAUCGGAUGGCGAAAGGACGCCCUGCACCUGCUGGUGUUCACAACGGAUGACGUGCCCCACAUCGCGCUGGAUGGAAAACUCGGCGGCCUGGUCCAGCCACACGAUGGCCAGUGUCACCUGAAUGAAGCCAACGAGUAUACUGCGUCCAACGAGAUGGACUAUCCAUCGCUUGCCUUGCUUGGGGAGAAGCUGGCAGAGAACAACAUCAACCUCAUCUUUGCAGUGACGAAGAACCACUAUAUGCUCUACAAGAAUUUUACAGCCCUGAUUCCCGGAACCACCGUGGAGAUUUUGCACGGAGACUCCAAAAAUAUUAUUCAACUGAUUAUCAACGCGUACAGCAGCAUCCGGUCUAAAGUGGAGCUGUCGGUGUGGGAUCAGCCGGAGGACCUUAAUCUCUUCUUCACUGCUACCUGCCAAGAUGGUGUAUCCUACCCUGGUCAGAGGAAGUGUGAGGGUCUGAAGAUAGGAGACACGGCGUCCUUUGAAGUAUCCGUGGAGGCUCGGAGCUGCCCCGGCAGACACACGGCCCAAGCUUUCACCUUGAGGCCCGUAGGCUUCCGCGACAGUCUGCGGGUGGAAGUCGCCUACAAUUGCACGUGCAGCUGCAGCACAGGGCUGGAGCCCAACAGCACCAGAUGCAGUGGGAACGGAACAUAUGUAUGCGGGCUGUGUGAGUGUGACCCCAGUUACCUGGGCACCAGGUGCGAGUGCCAGGAGGGGGAGAGCCAGAGCGGGUACCAGAACCUGUGCCGGGAGGCGGAAGGCAAGCCCCUGUGCAGCGGCCGCGGAGAGUGCAGCUGCAACCAGUGCUCCUGCUUCGAGAGCGAGUUCGGGAGGAUCUACGGGCCCUUCUGCGAGUGUGACAGUUUCUCCUGCGCCAGGAACAAGGGCGUCCUGUGCUCAGGCCAUGGCGAGUGUCACUGCGGAGAAUGCAAGUGCCAUGCAGGUUACAUUGGGGACAAUUGUAACUGCUCAACAGACAUCAGCAUGUGCCGGGGCAAGGACGGGCAGAUCUGCAGUGACCGAGGCCGCUGCGUCUGUGGGCAGUGCCAGUGUACAGAGCCUGGAGCCUUUGGGGAGAUGUGUGAGAAAUGCCCAACCUGCCCAGAUGCUUGCAGCUCCAAGAGAGACUGUGUAGAAUGCUUGCUGCUUCACGCUGGGAAGCCUGACAACCAGACUUGCCACCACCAGUGCAAAGAUGAGGUGAUCACGUGGGCGGACACCAUUGUCAAAGAUGACCAGGAAGCUGUGCUCUGCUUCUACAAAACUGCUAAGGACUGCGUCAUGAUGUUCAGCUACACGGAACUGCCCAGCGGAAGGUCCAACUUGACGGUCCUCAGGGAGCCAGAGUGUGGAAGUGCCCCCAAUGCCAUGACCAUCCUGCUGGCUGUGGUCGGCAGCAUCCUCCUGAUCGGGAUGGCACUCCUGGCCAUCUGGAAGCUGCUCGUCACCAUUCACGACCGCCGAGAGUUUGCCAAGUUCCAGAGUGAGCGCUCCAGGGCCCGCUAUGAAAUGGCCUCAAACCCCCUGUACAGAAAGCCCAUCUCCACACACACCGUAGACUUCGCGUUCAACAAGUUCAACAAAUCCUACAACGGCUCGGUGGACUGAGGGUCCUGGGGGGCUGGAAGGAAAGACAAAGACUGAUGUGUCUUGGGCUACUUCCCACUUGCUCACGCUAGCUAGGCAAGCACCGAGGCGCUCGCCCUCCAUCCAGCCAUCAGGGACCUGCUACCCACACAGCAGGUAGCUGCCCUUGACUCCUAGCUGCAGGCCAGAGGCACAGAGACGGGCCACUUCCCGGCCCUUCGAACGGGGGAAAGCAAGGAGACCCUGGCGAUCUCCGUUCCCCUAGCGCCUCCAGCUUGCUGUCUCCAAGAACUUCCCUGCCUGGCCAGACAGGAAGGUAUCCAGAAGAGUCUGCGUGUAUAAAGCUAGUGUGCGGCCUGGCUUUUUUGGGUUGAUCUUUUUUUUUCUUUUUUUCUAUGAAAUAAAAAGGUCACGCAUUUAUGGUGUA